AACCCACUCCAGUGUUCUUGCCUGGAGAAUCCCAGGGACGGGGGAGGCUGGUGGGUUGCCGUCUAUGGGGUCGCACAGAGUUGGACACGACUGAAGCGACUUAGCAGCAGUAGCAGCAGCUGGAUUCAACUUUCUGUGUUUGUCAGCCACUCACCUGGGCUCCAGCUUGCAGACUCUGACUGACCUACUGCAUCAGCCUACUGGAUGUUACUCGUGCUUCCAUCCUUGUGCUUUUUCAGUCAGCUUCCACCUGCCGCCAGGCCAUGCCCUUCCAUUGAAAGGGUAUCUUGGCAUUUCCCACCUUGGCCUUUCUUGAACCUCCUUUGCUCAAAGACUGAAACUAACAGAAAGUGUGUUAUUUGCUCUUUCGGGUAUGGCCCCUGAAUAUUUGAUUUUUGUCUCUCACUGCCACUGUGGGGGAGAAGGUGUGCUUCAUUGGAAAUCUAUGCACAGAAGUUACCUUUCUGCAUUACCUGACUCUAAUUCUGUUGGAGCUAUUUUACAGCUGUGUAAGUUGUAAAUGAGUGGUAGCAGUGCAAAAUGGUGGUCUGUGGAAACACAAAUUCUCUCCCGAAGUUCAAUCGAUUUUUGCACUCCCUGUGAAAGAAGAUGGUUUUGCCUCCAUUUAUUUCAAUAUAUCUGGUCUAUAAAUGUGUCUAUUCUUUGGUCUUGUCCUUUAAGCAGAUGGUUAUAAAAUCUGCCUGAUACAAGAAACAAAAUCUUUAACAUGUUCAUUUUUAUAUCUAUAUGACAGUCAUAAUUUUGAAACUGAGCAGGACUCCGAGUUUGGGUCUUCUGAGCAUGAACUGCCAAUACUCCUUGUUUGGUGCCCUGCAGAUAUUUACUGUGCCUUCCUUCACAACUGGUGAUAGUAAAUUGGCUUUCUUGUGCUGCAGGCAAAAGGACUCAAGUUCAGUUGGAUUCAGUAAGGAUCGCCCCUCAAGGAUGCUUCCCAGCUGCCUUUCUCCUUAUACUUGGAGGAGUGAGAUGUUCCUGCCUGUCAACACAUCAUUUUCAACUGUUUACUUGUAUAGUAAGUCCCCUACAUACAAACCUUCAAGUUGUGAACUUUCAAAGGUUUUAAAUUCCUCAUACCAAACUGCUUUUAUGGAAAACUUAAGGAGAUUAGAGUGUUUGCCAUGGGUGUUGAUCAACCACUGUGUCCUCAUCAAGUCACAAGGGUUUCACAGGAGGAUUAUUAAGGGGUUGGAUCUUCUCACACACGCCACUUGACAAUGUCCUCAGUCUUGAGCAGUUUGUUUCCAGAAGAGGAUUAAAGGCCAGCUGUGAAUCGCUGCAUGUGAUUCACAGGUUCCGGGUUCUUCGCAGUUCCUUUACAGAUCCAGAGCAGAGGUUUUGGUUAAGUGGCAGAUGGUCUUAAUCCUAACAAAACUAUUUUGAGGUGCCCCUUAAUGGUACCUGGGUUAUCAUAUUACUGUUGCUAACAAACUUUUUUUGUAAAAGCAUAGAUAAGCACUAUUAUGACAUAUGAGUUUUUGCAAUUACCAGAAAAUACACACAUUUUGUAAAUGUGACAAUGAAUAUCAAAGUGCUUUCCUUAACUGAGUGUAUUUUAUUUGUUGUUUCUGCAAAAACAGACUGUGCCAUUAUUAAACAAUCACUAUUAUUGUUUAAUAAUAUAAACACAUUAUUAAACAGGCCGCUAUUAAACAAUCCUCAACAUUUUUAAACAGUCCAUGACUUUGUAUGCUCACCACAUACAACCUCUUUUUAAAAUGUUUAUUUUAUUAAUUUUUGUAUUGAAGUAUAGUUGAUUUACAAUGUUUUAGAUAUACAGCAAAGCGAUUGAGUUAUAUGUAUGUGUGUUUGUGUUUGUUUUCUUCUCCAUUACAGGUUAUUGUUUGGUACUGAAUGUAGUUCCCUGUUCACAUCGCCUCUUAAUAUAAGCAUGUACUUUCACACUCCCCGUCUCCAACCUGUUGUCUUUUUGUGUUGUCUCCUUGCAGUGGCUGAGUUGAGUAUUGUUUCAUGGUUACUUGUUCUCCCCCUUGUUCCUAAAAUCCACCCCCAUUCCACCCUAGCCUUUCUAAUGCAUUUAAUAAUAUGUUCCUAUAUAUGCGUGACUCUUUCAACAUACAGUGGAGUGCAUUCCAAAGUACGUAAGUGGCGCCACAUUGUGGAUCUCAGUCUUUCCACUCAGUGCUUGUUUAAGAUGUAUGCGCAGCUGCGUGGAUAUAUCUUAUUCCUGGCAUAUAACUGCAGCCUGGUGUUCUAGAGUAUUUUCUUAUCUGAUCCCCAAGUGAUUCUCACUGUAUCAGUUAAGGUAAUAUGAGUUAAUGGACCAAACACGAUGAAUUUAUUAUUAGCAACAAAAAUUUCUUCUGCGAGCGGGCACCUCUCUCCUAAGGCAGGGCUCUGAGGAUCCAGGCAUGAUCUUUGUAGCUCUGUUACCUUCAGACCAAGGUUACCAAGGCUGCCAAAGUUUCUGGUAAUGAGGCAGGGGAGAGAGGACUAAGGAUUUCCCUGGAGGAUUAUCUGGGUCAUGCCCAGAGCAGUGCAGUCGCCUCUGCUAAGUCUCAUUGGCCAAGCUUGGUCAAAGACCACACCUAAUGCCAAGGAGGUUGGAAAGCUGUUGUAAAUGAUACCGUUGUUUACAUUUUAGUUCUUCAUUUGAUAUGUAGAUAUACAAUUAAUCUGUUUCAAUGUUGACUUUAUAUUCUCUGACCUAACUAAAUUUACUUGUUCUAGUAAUUGAUUAUAGACAGUGGAAAAUUUUCUACAUAGUCUUCUUUGAAAAGAAAAUGUUUGAUCUUUUUCUUAUGAUCAUGAUGGCUUUUCCUUGUGCUUUGAGAACCAUGUUGAAUGGAAGUGGUAAGAGUGGAUAUCCUUGCUCUGUCACUGACUAUAGGGAGGAAACAUUUAGCAUUUCAUUCCUGAGUGUGAUGUUGGCUGUAGGUGUUACAUUGAUGCAUUUUCAGACAGAGGAAAUUCCCUUCUACUACUAGUAUGCUGAGUGUUUGCUUCUUCAUGAAUUGAUGUAGGAUUUUAUUAAAUUUUUUUGUGUAUAUUUAAAUAAUCGUGUGAUUUUCCCCUUUGUUAUGUAAAUAUGGCAUAUUUUAUUGAAUGGUUUUCAAUCUUAAACCAACUUUGUAUUCUGAGCAUAAACUCCAUUUAUUCAUGAUAUAUUGAUUUAUUAAUAUUUUGCUAAGGAUAUUUGCAUGUAUGUUUAUUAGAGGUACUGGUCUAUAGUACCCUUUCCCUGUAUUAUCUUUGUUUAGUGUUGGUAUUGGAGAAAUGUUGGCUCCAUAAAAUAAGCUGAAAUAUUUCUACUCCAUUUUCUGAAAGAGAUUGUGUAAGACUGCUGUUAUUUUUUUUCUUAAAUGUUUGAUAGAAUAUGCUAAUAAAACCAUCUGGACCUGGA